AUGUUCCAACCACAGCUUGUUAGUUUUUCCGGUCGGGAUCAACCCCGGGGUUUGGAUCUGAAAGGCGCUGCUGUAUUCACCGACAAGAACGAUUUUGCUGGGGUAAGCAUAGCCGCAACUAACCUAGCAGAGGACCUCGGCCGAGUGAGUAGCAAGGACCGUUCUCCAAUGAUUGAAUGCAACAGCAGCAUUACCACCUCCAAGUUCAAGACCGCAAUUAUUGUGGGAACAAUCACUGGUUCCGAUGCCAUCAAAGCACUCAUUAGUGCAGAGCAGAUCAACGUCGACAAAAUUCGAGGGAAAUGGGAAUCCUGGAGCACGUGUCUCGUCGAUAACCCGGUCUGCGUUGACGGGUGCGACAGAGCACUGGUGAUUGCAGGUAGUGACAAGCGAGGUGCGGUAUAUGGCAUUUACACGCUUUCAGAACAAAUUGGGGUCUCACCAUGGCAUUGGUUUGCAGAUAUACCUCCCAAACGCCACGAGGAGAUCUAUGCGUUACCUAUUGAAUACUCCAGCCGAGAGCCCAGCGUCAAAUUCCGCGGCAUCUUCAUCAAUGAUGAAGCACCUGCGCUCACUGGAUGGGUGUUGGAGAAAUUCGGUAAAUACGGAAAGGGUUUCCAUGAAAAAGUUUUUGAGCUGCUACUGAGGUUGAAGGCGAACUUUAUGUGGCCAGCGAUGUGGCCUGGAUACCCCAACCCGGGCAGCUCUUUCUUCGUCGACGAUGCAGAUAACCAGCGACUAGCAGACGAAUAUGGUAUCGUAAUAUCAACAUCGCACCACGAGCCUAUGCAGCGAGCUACAAACGAGUGGUUCGAGGACAAUCCUGAAGGAAGUUGGUCAUGGCUUGACAAUAAGGACAAGAUGACUGAGUUUUUCCAAGAAGGUAUCAAACGAGCACAGGGAUGCGAGUCUUACUUCACCAUGGGUAUGAGAGGAGAGUACGACAAAGCUAUGAAAACCGAUGACCCUGCGAGCGUCGUACAAGAUGUGCUUAACACACAGCGGCGGCUUAUCAAAGAUAUCCACGGUCACGAAGAUGCUGUCCCACAACUCUUGGCACUAUACAAAGAGGUGCAAGAGUAUUGGGAUGCAGAACGUCUCGAGGUCCCAGAUGAUGUUACCUUGCUUUUCGCCGAUGACAAUUUCUCAUCGAUUCGUCGGCUACCAACAGUUGAUGAGGCUAGCCGGAAAGGCGGCGCGGGCAUAUAUUAUCACUUCGAAUAUGUUGGAACACCACGAAGCUACAAAUGGAUCAAUGCGAACUCUCUUGGUAAGGUGUGGCAUCAGUUGCAAGAGGCACAUCGGCGCAACGCUAGGCAAAUAUGGGUUUUCAACGUCGGCGACAUAAAACCGAUGGAGGUUCCAUUGUCCUUCGCGAUGCAGCUUGCCUGGGAUAUCGACUCCAUCUCGGCAAAUUCAAUCCCCACUUACUUAGACGAUCUUGCUCAGCGCAGUUUUGGCGAUACUCUAGCCGGGGAUGUUGCGUCUGCAUGGUAUGGAUACGAUCGUCUGAUGGCCAUCAGACGGCAUGAGCACAUCGAGGCCGACAAUUUCUCGCUGUUACACUACGAGGAAGCAGACACUAUAGUUGCGAGAUGGGACAAGCUGCUAGGCGUGGUGCAAAGUGUGUUCGAUAUGAGUGUACCUGAGGACUACAAACCUGCUUUCUUCGAGCUUGUGUUGCAUCCCAUCAAAGCAAGCGCUAUAUACACAUCUUUGCGUGUAAACUUGGCACGGAAUCAGCUGUGGGCUGAACAGCGACGCAACUCCGCUAACAAAGCUGCCCGCAAAGUGCUUGACCUCUUUGAUGCAGACUUUCGGCUGAGCGAGGAAUACCAUUCUCUGCUGGAUGGGAAGUGGACCCACAUCAUGCGUCAGACUCAUUAUGGCUAUAAAGAGACUUGGCAUGCACCGAGUCGCGAUAUGAUCAGCGGGUUGUGUUUUGUACAAGGUCGCCAAGACAGUAACCCAUUAGUUGGCCAGUUAGGCGUCGCGGUUGAAGGGCAUGCUGGUGUCAGGCCUGGCCGCUGCAAUGAAGAGAGUGACAGGACGCAUCCUAGCCGCCGCGAUCUGGUUCCUGGCGUUACUCUCGGAAGAUUGACACCGCAUGGACCGGAUCGGCGGUGGUUUGAGAUCUAUACGCGCGGCUCCAAGUCAUUGAAUUGGAAAUGUCAAGCGCCAUAUGAAUGGGUAAGGCCCUCACAGACGAGUGGUCGCCUGGUUCCGGGUCAAGAUGAUCAACGCAUUUACAUCACGAUCGAAUGGGACAAAAUUCCCGCCGGCUUCGACGAGGAAAUUUUAAUUGACAUCCGGUCGACGGGUGGUAAUUACGGACCGUAUGGUGACGACUUCGAACAAGUUCAUAUUUCGAUCGCGAAUCAUUCAAAUGAUUGCACUCAAGGGUAUGUCGAGGCUGAUGGAUACAUAAGCAUACCUGCAACGAAUUCACGCACCUUGGACGGUUAUCAAAUACUCCCGCAUCUUGGUAGGACUGAUGCUGGAGCUGUUACAGCCGAUUCAAAAACAGAAGAUAUGCUGUUCUUGACUUACGACGCUUAUGUUUUCGGGAAUGUCGUGGAGCCUGUCCUGGAGCUUCAUUUCAACAUGACACUGGACCUUGACCCCUCAAAUCCAAUGACGUACGAGUUUGAGGUUGAUGGUGCAGCAGAGAAGCAUCGACUUGUGACUUCGGCUGAGAGGAAGGGCGAGUUGCCUCCAGGCUGGUAUCACGCCGUUCAAGACUGUGUUUGGAAACGCCGACAUGCACUGAAGCCAAUGAAUCGAGGAUUACACGAGAUACGUUUGCACUUCAAGCAUUCGAACAUGAUCCUUGAAAACGUGAUACUCGAUCUUGGCGGAUUGAAACCAAGCUAUCUUGGGCCUCCGUCAAGUAAGUUGAUUCCGGCUAGUCUAGUCGCUAGAUAG